GGAAGUGCUUGUAGCUACUUGGUUGCUAUAGUAACGGACCGACGCAGCUGUCUCGACCGAAAUUAGCUAUCUUUAGUGGUAGCUAGCUAGCUAAGUGUUUACAAAGGACUAAAGAAAUAGUGUUUGAGUUGCAGAUGGAGACCUCACGGAGUAGAGAUGGCAGAGGACUGUGGAACAACCCCAGAGCCACCCAGUACAGCAAGGAGACCCAGGAUCUGCUGAGAUUAAUGAUGCAGGAAUCAAAACUCACCAACCUCCAGAGAAAACAGAUCAACGAAUGCCUCAAGAAUGGAGCUGCUUUACCACUGACCUCUGAGUCCACAUCAUCAGCUUCUGCCCCUCAGCCUAAAACCAGUAAAUCUGUCCAGAAACGUCUGCCAGGCAAUCCUCAGAGACGCAGCGCUGAAUCUUGUCGCUCUGGGAACAGCUACGUCAGAGAAAAGUUCCAUCCUGGUCCUAUAAGGGACUCAGAGAAAGAGAAGAGGAGGCUUCAGAAUAUAUUGGCAACGGGAAAAGAAGAGCCAACAGUUGCAGCAUUCCAAAAUGUUCAUGCAUGUCGGAACCUAGAAGUGGCAGAGCAGAAAGACGAGUAUCAGGAAGUUCUGGAUGAGAUAGAGGAGAGAAGACAGUUUCUGGCAGAUAUGACCUCUCUGGGUCUGGAGAAGCAGUACAUCAACAUCAUCACCACUGAGAUAUCCCAGAGGAUUCGAGAACUGCAGGUGUUGGACAAGGCCCGCAGUCCCAACAAGGAUGAAAUGACAUCUGAGAGGAAAGGGGAGACUGCAGAACAGAUGACAGAAAUGAUGGCUUUGAAAGAGACCGGAGGAGAGAAGACUCACUGCCACUGACGGAGCACUUGGAAAUGACUUGGAAAUCAGGUGCAAGCAAUAUAACCUCAAAUUCAGAUUAUGAAUGGGUUGAGUUAAGUGUGACAUGAUGAAUUUGGUAGUAAUGUCUGCAAAGAGGUUUCAGCUGACCCGCAACACAGCAGUGAAGACACAACUGUGACAUCAGGCUGUGAAAGCAUUAAACUUACAAGAAACAUGAACUUCUUGCAUUGAGUUAUUUUAUUCCUCUGCCUUCCAGUGUCAGUGUUUUUCUUAUAAUCCUGCUGCUGUUUUAGGACAAUGUAUAGCUGACAGAUGUGGUGCUACAGAAGCCCUUGGUUCCAGCUGGACAGGAAGACAGGCACAUAGCAGAAACAGAGAUUACCAUUUAAAAUGGAGGACAAAUAGACCAUCUAACUGACGGAACAGGAACAGAAUGAGUAAACAUACUGACAUUUACUGUACAUAAGCUCAAAUGACGCUCAUCCACACAUGCAAUUAAAUAAAUGGCACUCGUACAAACAUUAACACAUUAUUUUCCUAUCCACUUUUAAGGCAAAGCAUAGAAACAUACAGAAAGGCAUAGUAAAAUAUAAAUUAAUGAUUGCAUAUUGAGGUUUUCCCCAAUGGUUAAAACAGUUAUAAGCUGGUGCUUCGCUACAUUUGUCAAAAAACUGUAUAUCUGCCUUUUCUAAUAUUCAUUAUAACAUGUGUGACCUUUCAUAUUAAUAAACUUUCUGACAUUGCAGUUGAAUGCUUUCUGCAAGGCUCUCCUAUAGACCUCACAUUUUCUAAAUAAAUCUGAUUUUAAGUCUCCCACUUUGUUUCCAGUCACACACACAUAUUAAUACUGUAUCUACGUUUAUCCAUGUCUUCGAUGAUAUGCAUUUACAUAAAUGACACCAUCGCAAAAACUGUCCCAGAAGAAACUAAAAACAAGGAAACCACAGACGAUCAUAACAUAGCAGCUAGAAAAACUUAGGUAUCCAUUGUCAAUAGAGCAUUUCAAGGGUAGAUGUUGCAAGAUUUAAAGCAGAGCUCAU